CGCGGAGGUUUGAACAGCUGACCACAGAGCAGCAGCGAUCGAACGGUUUACAGUGCUUUAUUGUGCGUUUCACAGUGCAAUUCGAACAGAAAACUAUUGAAACAAAGUUAAAGUGAUUGUGUAAAGUGGAACUUAUGCAAGCAACAUAGUGCGAGGAGUUCUUCAAUUAAACUGUCUCUUCGGGAAUAAGAAAACAGUGUCGUGUUUACGAGGCAAUAAUUUGCGCGCUAAAGUAUAAACAAAAACGAAAAACAGUUGCAACUAACGAUAUUCGGUGACAAGCAAUAUUCGCCAAGACAAAAACAUAAUUUACCACAGUCUGUCAAUACUAUUUGCAAGUUACUUGCAAGGGAGACCGUGAAACGGUAAAUCGAAAAUACAGUAAAACUAAGAAAGCAUUCAAAAGAACUGUGCGCACAUACACACACAUACAUACUUGUAUUGUAAGCAGCGCUUUGCAUAAGCUUAGCUUAUGAGCACAAAAGACUAAAGCAGCGAACUCGGUUGGCUGUGUGUGUUGCUUGCAGCAAACGGACUUACAAACUUAAACGCCAAUUUGAAAUCUUUAUCGACAGCUCAACGCACAAAAGCCAAAAAGUGGGUGAUGCCUUGAAAGAAGCGCUUUUGGCCGAAAAAGACAUACAAAAAAUAUAAGGAACCAACAACAACAUUGCGCAGCGAUUUCCUUUUCCUUUGUCAAGCAACAAGAACAUACGGCCGAAACUGGAUCGUGCAGAAUUGAUCAGAAGCGUGCAGACAGAGGCUUAACACUAACAAAGCAAUAACAAGUGUGGCAUAAUAACAACAAAUGCACUAAGUGCAUAAGAGUGCAACAUUAGUUUUUACUUUCAAAAGCAAGCUGAAACCAAAGCAAAAACAAAAAGAAUUAACUCGUCUAUAACAACAACAAGCCGUAAAUAUGUCAACCGGCCGUUGCGAUUGUCUGGUGAGCGUGCCAACCGGUCCCACAUUAGCAUCCACUUGUGGCGGCAGCGCGUUCAUGCUCUUCAUGGGUCUGCUAGAGGUGUUCAUACGCUCGCAAUGUGAUCUCGAGGAUCCCUGUGGCCGUGCCACGCCAAGGUUUCGUUCGGAGCCCGAUUAUGAUUAUGAUUUUAUUGUGAUUGGUGGCGGCUCGGCUGGUGCGGUUGCUGCCGCGCGUCUCUCGGAGGUACCCCAAUGGAAAGUGUUGCUCAUCGAGGCAGGUGGAGAUGAACCGGUUGGUACGCAAAUACCUUCGAUGGUCCCGAAUUUCUUUGGCAGUAGUAUUGAUUGGGCGUACACUACCGAGCCAGAAAGUAGUGCUUGUUUAAACGCAGAAGGACGCCGUUGUACUUGGCCGCGUGGCAAAGUUUUGGGUGGCACAUCGGUACUAAAUGGCAUGAUGUAUAUACGUGGCAAUCCCGAGGAUUAUGAUAACUGGGCUGCAUUGGGCAAUCCUGGUUGGUCAUUUGAGGAUGUACUGCCGUUCUUUAUGAAAUCAGAGGAUAAUUUACAAUUGGAUCAGGUGGAUAAGACCUUACAUGCGAAGGGUGGACCGCUACCAGUUUCACAUUUCCCCUACAAUCCACCUUUGUCGUAUGCAAUAUUGAAGGGCGGCGAGGAGUUGGGCUACACGGUGCAGGACUUAAACGGUCGGAACUCCACCGGUUUUAUGAUUGCCCAGAUGACAUCUCGCAAUGGCAUACGUUGGAGUUCGGCACGUUCGUUCCUACGACCGGCACGUAAUCGCAACAAUCUACACAUUCUGCUCAACACCACCGCCUCGAAGGUACUCUUCAAGCCCGACAGUAAAACAGUUGUUGGCGUAGAAGUGAUGGAUCAAUACGGCAGCUCACGCAAGAUAUUUGCCAAAAAAGAAGUGAUCGUCAGCGGUGGAGCCGUCAACUCACCACAAAUACUACUGCUUAGCGGCAUCGGACCAUCUGAUGAGCUAACGAAGGUGAACGUACGCCCCAUACACAAUCUUCCCGGUGUUGGCAAGAAUUUACAUAAUCACGUUGCCUACUUCACCAACUUCUUCAUUGACGACGCAGACACGGCACCACUAAAUUGGGCCACCGCUAUGGAAUAUUUACUAUUUCGGGAUGGUCUCAUGUCGGGCACCGGCAUUGGCGAUGUCACCGCAAAAAUCCAUACACGCUAUGCCGAUGUACCGAAUGUGCCCGAUGUGCAACUGUACUUCGGCGGCUAUUGGGCCAGUUGUUCGCGUACUGGUCAAGUGGGCGAAUUGCUCUCCAACAAUAUGCGCUCCGUACAGAUUUUCCCCGCAGUGUUGCAUCCCAAAUCGCGUGGUUCCAUUACGCUUGCCUCCAACGAUCCGCUGGCACCGCCGCGUAUCAUCGCCAAUUAUUUAACCGAGGAUCGCGACGUGAAAACGCUCAUUGAAGGUAUAAAAUUCGCAAUUAAACUGUCACAGACAGCACCGCUCAAGCAGUAUGGUAUGCGGGUGGACAAGACACCGACAAAGGGCUGCGAAUCGUUAACUUUCGGCACGGAUGCGUACUGGGAAUGCACAGUACGACGCGACACUGACCCGGAAAAUCAUCAAGCCGGUUCCUGUAAAAUGGGUCCCGCGAGCGAUCCGUUGGCAGUGGUGGAUCAUGAGCUGCGCGUACAUGGCGUGCGGGGCUUGCGUGUCAUGGAUACGUCCAUUAUGCCACAGGUAACAUCUGGAAACACACAUGCGCCGGCGGUUAUGAUCGCCGAGAAGGGUGUGUACAUGGUGAAGCGUGCAUGGGGCGCCAAAGUUUGACGGCUAGACGCAACGUGGACGCUGCAUAGAGUAAUUUAAAAAAGAAAGCGAAAAAAAUACAAAAAAUUUAAAACAAAUUCAAGAAAAAUCGUUAAAAACAUAUUAGAAAAAUCGUCUAAAUAAAAAUUUAUUAUUAAAGUAAUUAUUUUAAAAUUAAAAACAUAUUUAUUAGUAUUAAAUCUAUUAUUCUAAAACCACUUCCUGUCUAACUUCCAAACGGCACUUUAGUUAACUUAAACCAUUCAUGUAAUUUUAAUUUUCGACCUAAACUAGAAACUAUUGGGUGAACCACUCACGACUCUCUGCCGCGCUUCAUCGUUGCCUGACCACAUUUAAUGCAAUCACGUACACUUCUAAGUACAUACCCACUAAAGAAUACACUUUAUGACCUUUAAUGUUAAUCUAAUUCCUCGCUUCAAUACCAACCAACCAACCGCACGAGGUUAGGCUUUUUUUGAAAUCUUCCUAGAAACAGAGCACGUUAUAAAAACCGCUUUCAAAUAGUUCGAAAUAUGGAACUGUUUGCCAGUAGCUCAGAAGUAACCUAAUGUCGGUGCCUCUUCAAGUAACCGUAAUUUAAUUCCUGAGAGAGUGAUGGCACAAAAACUCUCUCCAAAUAAUUUUAAAUCGCAUAAUUAACAGUUAUAUUUAUAAAGAUUUGGUUUUGAUAAAAAUAUAAAGAUAACAAUCUGCAGAUUUUCAAUAAAAGCCUCAAUAGAAAAUAUAAUUGCUUGGGAAGAAAUGUAAAUAGUUAAGCUCAAAUUCUUUAUAUUGUUCUGAAGAGUAGAUUCAUAGUAUUAAUCAAACGCAAAACAUUUCAAACCAGAAUUGCAUUAUCUUUAAAAGAACUAUAUGUAUGUAUUUGUAUCAAUUAUGUUUUUGUUGGAUAUUUCCUAAAUGAAAAAAAUUGUAUUUAUUAUAUCUUAAUUUAAACAUUAUAUCUGAACAGUAUCUUUCUUGACUUCGUAGAAUGGAAUGCGUGUUCUUACUUGUACGAAAAUAUCUUGUAUGUGUAUCAGAUUCUAUAAAUAAAUAAAUAAAUGAAUAAAUAUUUUGUGUCUUAUAAGCUAGUCGAGAUAUCACAGCGAAAUGCGGUAAGAAGAUUAACAAAGACUGGUAGA